AGGGUGUAUAUGAAAAAAGUACCUAAAUAUACUGUGACGACCAUUGUGUUUUCGAUUAUGAGUCAUCCCAAUAGAUUUAUCAGAGUUGAAUUGUUUAGCAAGGAAUAUUCCGUAUCUGAUAGUAAGCGACAUCGAUGGUGCGGUCUAAAAGCUGAUUUGCUACGUGUGAUUGUUCAAAGAUACCCAAAGAGUCGUAUUGCUAUCUUAGCAUUAUGUGAAAAGCUAGAAAACACUUCCAUCUUUGGCGUCUGCCGACAAAAGAAAGUGGAACAUUGUGACCUAUCUGGUAAAUUUAAGACCUACGGACGGUAAAGGACAAUGGGAAUAACUCCAGUGCAGGUACCAUGGAUGUUCGGCCAACGUCGCCUUUUGAUCUGCUUACGGGAUCUAAUAGAAACGUACAAAGGUUAUUUUAAGCACAUGUAUAGCGGCUCAGUUACCAAUAAUCAUGGUAAAAAUAGUUGUAUUAACUAUUUGACUAUACUCGAUAUUUACUAAGAUCGUGUGGCAAAAAACAGUUCAAACGACCAUAUAAGUUCACAUCAACAGAUCAAAAGCCCUAUGCUAGUGGUUCAGUGGAGGUCGUUCGCCCCAGCCAGGGACCGCGUGCAUAUGCAACGAAUGACAAUUAAUGAACCUAAUUGUAAAGGCUACAGUGACGAUUCAAAACACGGGUAAAUCAGCAUCUUCGGUGGAAGAUACAGUUGAUUUACAUAAGACCAGUAGACAUACGACAACACACGUUGCCUUAUAACAACAGAGACUGAUCCAUUAAGCGUGUUUUAUCUCAUACGUUAGGCUCACAAUUGAGUUCCUGAUCAUUCAUCAUGUACCGAGACAGGCGAACAAGAUGAAUGCAACUUAACUUAAAAACUAUACACAAAUUUCGAAUUAAUGCGCAUUUUAAUUAGAUACAGCAAGGUCGUAGUGUGUCGCCGUUGUUUCAUGUGCAUUGCACCGCUAGAAGGCAACUCAAACGUUUCAAUCAUAAAAACCUACCCAUAUAAAGACGGUGCGAUGGCUGGAUUUGGAGUCGAUCAUGUUCAAGUUAGUUCAUUUCCGUGGAUGUACCUCUCCGAGUGGACAUCGGAUAAACGCCUUGCCGGGAGACAUGGAGGAUUCUUCGAUGCGGUUGCAGGUUCGCUAAAUCUCACUUACACGCUUAGAUUACCCGAAGAUUAUCAAUGGGGAUCCUGUGACGCAAACGCAAACGGCUCGUCAUGUACCGGGAUGCUCGGCGAUCUGUACAACAAUUGGCCUUCAUAUCACAUCAAAUUCUACCCAAGCUUGGACAAGAAGACAUUGGCAAUAUUUCGAAACUAUUUCUUGAACUGCUUAAACUCAACGCUCAAAAUGCCUCUGACAUCCAGGUGAAGAACUCAACAAAUCGCAUACUUGUCGCAGGCAGUAUGAUCGCAUCUGUCUUCUCUGCUAUAAUGGUGUCAUCUUCAGUCAAGGCAACGAUGAUGAGGCGAGAUCCUACCGAACGGAUAAAGACUGUAGCCGAGCUGCUAAAAAAGAGACACCACAUGCAUCCAUUUAUCCCUUCGGAUACAUUUCUCACUGAUGUUUUCAAGGGAGAUGAUUCUGAAGAUAUACGUGAUCUUCUGAAUUGGAUUGAGCAUGAUGGUUAUAGCGCCGUCGAUAGACUAUUAAUUCCGGAAACGAUACGCGGCCUUCUGAAUGGAACGAUGUUCACCCUUUCCAACUGCGAAAUGAUGGCUAUCUAUAUAGCCCACGUCUAUUACUCGCUUCCGGAGAAGCACCGCGGUUAUAUUAUAUGCCUAGAACAGAAACUGUUUGGGGCACCACUUGUUUGGUACUAUCGAAAUGCGCUGCCGGACACGUUCAUCCUAGAAUUUAACCGGAGGACAACCUGGUUGUUCGAAUCUCCUUCGAGGUUUGUCUUCGAUUUCAAAUAUACCGCCAUACCAAAGCACAGAUAUGCUCGGAGCACGUCUUUGUCAGGCGAUGCCAUCAUAGAUGCUUUGCGAGUCAGUGAAGUUCUUGGUUGUUUCUACGUGUUUGCUACUGGGAUAGGUGGCGCUUUUAUUAUUGUUCUAUUUGAAAUGCUGGCGGCCGUUGUUGCGCCUUCUUGCCGAAGCGCUGUGAAUCGAUUAAAGGCCAACCUCGACCACUGA